GGUUUUUCACCAACGGGUGGCCUCGCAUCAUCGAGCAUUCUGAACAACUCACCAAAAUACUACAUUGGCACUCUUUCGUCUUACUUAGACCCAGUCCUGACCAACCUUUCCUCGAGCCAAUUCAUGAAAUGUUAUCACGCUGAGACAGAUGGCUGGGAUUCAACAACAUUCCAUUCGAAAUGUGAUGGAGAGGGACCCACUGUUUCCAUUAUUCAAGUCAGUAACUACACAUUUGGUGGACACACCGACGUGUCCUGGCAAAGUAUGCAUUUCUUGUCAGUUACUUAUUAUUCACCGGGGAGGAUGUGGCUAGAUAAAUAAUAUCCUCUAUUUGGCACGGAAGUAUGCACGGAUAUUUUCCACCGGCAUUGUGUGUUCUAAGAUUCUCACAAUUUCUCUAGAGCGAAUCUCCAGGAAAACUGUGAGCGAGGAACAGUCGUGCCAAAUAGAAGCUCUUGUGUUUAUCAUCCUUCAAGUAUUUUACAACGCGCGUGAAAAGAUGUUCACGAAUGGCUUGUUGUUUGCUGCCUGAUUUCUUAGAAAACUUUAUGAAUAAAAUAAUAUUUACCUUUUUCUGUAACAACCUUAAAGCGCUCUCUCAUCUUGAAUUAAUUUUUUAAUAAAGACAUAACAAUGGACGCAAGGUAUAAAGAUUGGUGAAUAUCACAUGGGUGAUAUCCUCGGAUAUUCCCCAGGUUUAUCUGAGAAAUAUUUGGUCAUGUGAUAGUUUUAGACCAAUCGCGCGCGAACAAAAAUAUUUGAUUGAUCAUAAUGGUGGAUAUUAACCGAGCUGCAAAGCGGCGAGGUAAUAUCCACUGCCAGCCACCGACACUGCAGUGAAUAGUUGUUCUAGUAUACGCAAAUCCCGCACAAAUUGCUUGGAGGCGAAUAGCAAAGGCUAUUCGGAGUUUGAGUAGCCAAGCAGAGCGCAUUUUCAACGCUAUCCACUGCUUUAGUAGAUACUUAUGGGUGUUGUGAGAGGUAUGUAGUUUCCUCUGUUAUAUAGCGCUAGUGGGACGGCAGGCAUAGUCAAGUAAUGUCAAAUUGAUGGAAUCAGAAAUGUUUCGUCAUGAAAAGCAUAAUUAUUCAAUCAGCCUAAAUCCUUUUAAAUAGCUAAAAACAAAAUGGCAGAUGACAUGGGAUGGAGUCCGAAAACUAAAGGCCAAGAAGAGGCCCGACAAGGAAAGGUAGAGUUUAGCAAAAUCUAAAUUUUAAGAAUUCGGCAGCUUUGGUGGAAGCUCGAGUGAUUGCGUCUCUGUUAUAAAAUCUUAUGGCGAGGAGAUUUCUAAAAUGCGAUUGACGCAACAACAAGAGCUAAGAUUAAAAGUCUUUUCAGACCUGAAGCACUCUUUAAUGGCCGAUGCAAACAGAGGAAAAUUAUGUACAGCUUGAAGUAAAAGAGUUUCACAACAAACAAUCUUUGACAUAUUACUAUCGAAGCAAUUACGAAGAAGACAAAGGAAGUGAAUUCCGAUCAAUUUCAAGAUGAAAAAAAAACCUAAGUUAUUAGUUAUUUACAGUUCAGAAAGACGCAAUGACCGAAGUUAAUACUCCUGGAAAAGAUGGAGGGGAUUGGGGAGGAGAAUUAUCGCUACAUGAGUAAACUGCAAUGACCCUCAAGACACAUUGUCGACCUUCUUAUAUAAUUAGGCUUUCCUCUAACAGAUUUCUCUGGCUGCAGGUUCUUGUGGGUAUACAGCGGCUGCCAAAGCCUUCAUUUUCUCCCUGUACAAGGUGCAUGGUUACAAACCUGUUAAAGUAGCUCAGUAAUGGUAUCAGGGAUAUGCAAUCUACAGCUGCAGUAGUUAUGGACCAACGUUUGGGAGUUAUCUAG